AAGCAAAAUUAAGAAACCCAAUACAAAAUGCCUGCCCAAACAAAAACAAAUGCUUCCAGCUUUCAUGGUGUUGCUAAGCUGGCACCAGCUUUCAUCUAGCUCUUCUAGUUAUUGCUCACGCGUACCCCACCUCCAUCUCUCUCUCUCUCUCUCUCUAAACUUAAAUCCAUAUUAUAAAUACCUUCUCCAAACAAGCCUCAGACCCAUCAACUCCACCCCAACAAAUUCCAAAACCCAAACUUUCUUCUCUCUUCUAUCUCUUUCUUUCUCUCUGUGUACAAAAAUCAAGAAAUGGGUCAUCAUAGUUAUUGUAAUCUGAACUGCAUGGCAGUGUUAAUGGUGGGUCUGGUCCUGGUCGGCGGUGUGGCCGGCGCCGGAGACUUCCGCCAGAACUUUGACAUGACAUGGGGUGGGCAGCGAGCAAAGAUUUUCAAUGGAGGAAAGCUUCUAUCUUUGUCCCUUGAUAAGGUUUCUGGGUCUGGGUUUCAGUCCAAGAGUGAGUAUCUGUUUGGCAGAAUCGAUAUGCAGCUGAAGCUGGUUGCUGGAGACUCUGCUGGCACUGUUACUGCCUACUAUUUGUCUUCUCAAGGACCAAACCAUGAUGAAAUUGACUUCGAGUUCCUGGGAAACCUUACCGGUCAGCCUUAUAUUCUCCACACUAACGUCUUCACUCAGGGAAAAGGAAACAGAGAACAGCAAUUCUAUCUCUGGUUUGACCCUACAAAAAAUUUCCACACUUACUCUGUCAUCUGGAAUCCCCAGCACAUCAUUUUCUUAGUCGACAAUGUGCCGAUACGAGUAUUCAAAAACGCAGAGUCAAUGGGCGUGCCCUUCCCCAAAAACCAGCCGAUGAGGAUUUACUCGAGUCUCUGGAACGCCGAUGACUGGGCGACGAGAGGAGGAUUGGUAAAGACCGACUGGACAAAGGCACCAUUUACAGCUUAUUACAGGAACUUCAAUGCCGACGCAUGCGUCUGGUCGGCCGGGACAUCAUCGUGCGCUUCGAGAUCUCCGAGCUCCGUAUCGAACAGUGCGUGGCAGAUCAACGGGCUGGAUGCGCCGAGCAGGAGACGAUUGAGAUGGGUUCAGAAAUACUUCAUGAUCUACAAUUACUGCACUGAUUUGAAACGAUUCCCUGAGGGUGUUCCGGCCGAGUGUAAAGGUCCAAGAUUCUGAGACAUGGGUGUAUGAAGAUGAAGGUUUUGUAAUAUGAAGUGUUGGGUGGUUGAUCAGUGGAGACAUUCUUUUACAGCUUUUGUUUUGUAUUUUUGAAGUUGGUAUUUUGGCGGUUAAAAUAAACGUUUAUUCUUUUGUUACUUUUUGUUGUUGUUAUUACUUAGUGGGUAAAUCUCUUGUUUGUCUGUAAAUAUUUCUGUAGAAAAUAAAUAAAAUUUCCCAUUUGUGCACUGAAA